AUGACCACUCCACUUGUAUACCAUGCCAAAGCAAUGAGCAUAAAAUUCCUUUUAUUUUCAUUAUCAACUCUUCUUCUAGGAACCCUAUUUUCUCUUGAUCGUGCCAAAACUCAACCAUUCAAGAACGAGACCUUGUUGAGAAAUCUUGGAUUUCAACCCCCUCAAGUAAUACCAAUCUCCGGCGCGGUUGGGCCGGAGAGCCUCGAGUUUGACACAAAUGGUGAUGGGCCCUACACCGGGGUGUCCGAUGGCCGGAUUAUCAAGUGGAGUAGAAAUGAAAGUCGUUGGAUUGAUUUCGCCGUGACAUCCCCAAAGAGGGAUAGUUGUGAAGGAAAACAUGAUCACUCUACAACCGAGCACAUCUGUGGAAGACCAUUGGGCCUACGUUUCAAUGAGAAAACGGGCCAUCUGUACAUUGCUGAUGCUUAUAUGGGUCUACUUGUUGUAAGCCCAAGUGGUGGUCUGCCUACUCAACUAAGUGGGCCUGGGCUUGAUUUGGGCUUCGCAAAUUCUUUGGAUAUUGAUCAGAGCACAGGAGUCGUUUAUUUUACUGACAGCAGUAGACGAUACCAAAGAAGGAAUUUUAUUUCAGUUAUUCUUAGUGGUGACAGCACUGGAAGACUCCUGAAAUAUGAUCCAAGAAAUAAUGAAACCACAGUUAUUCUGGAAAAUCUGAAGUUCCCAAAUGGAAUUGCAUUGAGCAGAAAUUGGGAUUUUCUUAUUCUUGCAGAGACUACUACUUGCAAAUUACUCAAAUUCUGGCUUAAAACCCAGAAAGCUGGAAUUCUUGAAGAAAUUGCAACACUCCCUGGAUUCCCAGAUAAUAUAAAAAGAAAUGGGAAUGGGGAAUUCUGGAUUGGGAUCAAUUCAAGAAAAGGGAAAUUCUUGGAUUGGAUUAUUUCCAAUUCUUGGAUUGGAAAUAAUUUGAUUAAACUUCCUUUGGAUAUUACAAAAUGGCACACACAUUUGGCUUAUUUGAGUGGGAGCACUGGAAUGGGAAUUAAAUUGAAUAAGGAUGGGAAUAUAGAAAAAAUAUUGGAUUCCACGAAAUGGCAAUUUGUUAGUGAAGUAAAGGAAGAAAAUGGAAAUUUGUGGAUCGGUUCUGUUGAAAUGCCUUUUGUUUUAAAACAAAAUAUUUCUAUCUGA